AUGGAAAAUAUAGCUGUCUAUCGGAACAGCAAAGGUAUAACCGUGUUUAUAGAAUUGAAAUUGCUUGAAGCGCAAGUUUCUACGGCAAAUAAUAAUGAAGGCAACUUGCCAACUUCAGUAGAACCGAGGUUUUUAGAUCUCGGCGCCUUGGGAUUCCCAAACUUUGGUUCGGGAAGAUUCGGAAAUCCGACAAGUAAUUAUCCCACGAAUUCCUUUUUCCCUUACGGAAAUCAGAAUAAUAUACAACGGCCGCAACAGGGUUAUCCCAAUCAAGGCAAUUUCCGAAAUAGACCAAGUCAAGGUUACGGGCAAGAAUACCCGAAUCAGCAAGGAUAUCCUAAUCAACAACGAUAUCCAAUCCAACAAGGCUAUCCAAAUCAACAAGCCUAUCCAGAUCUACAAAGUUACCCAAAUCAGUCAGGUUACCCAAACCAGCUAGGGUACCCAAAUCAACAAGCUUAUCCAAAUCAACAAGAUUAUCCAAAUCAACAAGGUUAUCCAAAUCAACCAGGUUAUCCAAAUCAACAAGGUUAUCCAAAUCAACAAGGCUACCCAUAUUUGGGCGAUAGUAUGAAUCCAAAUUAUCAACGUCCCGAAUAUCCUAGUGAAGACUUUCAGAACAGACCAAUUGAGAGAGGCUACCCAAACCAAGGAAGAUUUCCGUAUCAAGGAGAUAACGAAUACCCCAAUUAUCGAAGGCCUGAAUACUUUAAUAGACCAGGCGAAGGACCAGCGAUGUACCCAGAAGAUGUGGAGAGGCCUUAUCAAAAUCCUGGAGGACCAUUAAAUCAAGGAGGAUAUUUCAACCAACCCGGGCAGGGCUAUCCUACCAAUUCAUUUGGGUACCAACCAAGCAAUCAAUAUCCCUCUCCAGAUUUUGGGCCAGCACAAGGUAACCCCGGCUAUCGGCCGGACGAAGUAGGCAAUCUACCUGACGUGAAUGAAAAUUUUCCUGAUGCUUUAGGUCAAUUUCAACCGUAUAACCCACAAAAUACAAAUUUUGAGCAGCCUGGUGCUUUUCAAAAUAAAAAUCCUGGUACUGACAUACAACUUCCGAAUCAGUUGGAUGGAAGUGAUAAUCCGUCAAUAAAUCAGUAUCCGAAUUCAGUUGCGCCGUUCCCAGGAGGACCGGAAAAUGUUCCUCCGUUAGUAAAUGAACCACCACCGUCGGAUAACCAAGGAGGGGUUCCCAAUGAUAACGAUACAGCGGGCAUUCUAGGAAAACCAGUAAUUGUACCACCGGAACUGGUGACAACAGCACCUGAUGAAACAGUGCCCGAUAACAGUACAGAAGACGCAACUAAAAAGAAAUGUGUCCAGGACUGUCCAUCCACAUCAGAAUAUAAUCCUGUGUGUGGUACAGAUAACGUGACGUACAUAAAUCCUGGCAAAUUUCUUUGUGCCCAAAAUUGUGCCGUCGCGGUGCAACUCCUUCAGCGGGGCAGAUGUGAUAGUGACGUGAUUAUGUGA